CGCAGAGAGGUCGCGAGACGCGUGGAAGCUCUCCGUGCCUCUGCGGCAUCGCAAGCACGAGCGAAGGCACAUUCCUGCUCUUGCCGACCAGCGCGAGGUCUGCUGCGGCAGUUCAGGCGCUCCGUUUGCCCACGCGCUGCGCAUUGCUCCCGAAACCGAGCUCGAGUCACUGGCAGCAUUGUCAUGUGGCGCCUCGCCGCAGCCCUCGUGCUCGCCGCGGCGAGCGCGCUCUACGACGACGUCGAGCACGUCACGAAAUUCACAACCAGUGAAGAUGCGGAAAAGGCCAUCUUCGGCGACGACGCGAACGUGUAUGUCGUCCACUUCUACCAGGGCCCGAACGACGAGGGUGUGGUAGAUGAGCACUCGCCGACGAUCACGGCCGCCUUCGCGGGCGCCGCGAAGGAGCUCGCGGAUUUAGGUGUGAAGGCGGCCUGCAUUGACGUGGCGGACGAGAACAUGCUCAAAAUAGCGAAGCGGUUCAAUUUAAGAACCGUGCCGCACGUCGUCGGCGUCGGCGCCGAAAGUAGAGCGAACCCGUACACCGGGAAAAUCGACCGCGCCGUUGAGGUCUACGAGCCGCUCGCGACGCGCGGGUCGCUGACCAAGACGGAAUUUAAAAGAUGGGUCUCGUCGAAGGUCUUCCCCGCUGAUAGUGUGGCGCGCGUCGCCACGAAAGACGAGCUGGCGGCGGUGCCGGGGCCGCUCGCGGUGCUGCUCACGGAGCGCGCCACCACCUCGGCGCUGGCCAAGUCGCUGGGCGUGGCGCUGCGCGGCCGGCUGUCCAUCGUCGAGGUGCAGUCGUCGUCGGAGUUGGGCGAGGCGGUCCACGGCGACGAGGCCCUCCCGCGCUUCGUCGCGUCCAAGGAAUCGAUGGACGCCGCGUCCCUAAAAACGGCGGACGCCUUCGACGGCGACCUCCGCGACCGUUCUGCUGUUUUAGAAUGGCUCGAGAUCUUCGCGCUCAAAGAAAGACGUCCUGCCUCGUCAGCAAAGAAGGAAGAAAAGCCUCAAGAAAACGAGGAGGGCUGGCCCGCGGGAUAUAGUGUAGAGACGGCUUCUACAAAAGACGAGCUCGAGAAGAUUCUGGAGAGGGAGCCCGCCGUCGUCGCCUACCGCAAGGGCGCGUCCGUCGCUUCCUUCGCUCAUAAAGUGGUGGAAAUGGACGGCGCCGACGCGGUGUCGUGCGUGGAGGUCGACUGCGAUGGUUUCAAAGGACCGGUCUGUGAUGGAAAUGACUACGUCUACUACCCGUAUGGCGAGGACAAGACCCCCGUCGUCGAAGAGGACGGCAUGUCAGCUUUCGGCGAGGCGGCGCUGUCGCUGCCCGUCGCGGACGUUUUUCCGGUUUCGGGCAAGCCGGACAUCGAGACCUUUCUGCGGCUGAGCGUGACGCAUCCUGAUGAUGACAAUGCACCUGUGGGCCUCGUCGUCUUCGCGAAGAAGCACGACGUGAGUCCCACCGUUCGAGCCGCGGCCACGACUCUCGCGAGGCACGCGGGCGUCCGCGUCGCCCAGUGGUCUUCACCUAGCCUUGCGGAAGUCGCCGAGUACGGCGUCCAGAAGCUCCCCGCGUUAUUAGCUUUUUAUGCCACCGACGCCCCGGAGGGCGCCGACCUCCCGCCCGGCCAAAAGGCGGUGGGCGCCGCGGCCUACCCGCGGUCGCAGUUCGGCCCGGUCACGUUCAUGUCUCUCCUGUCGUUCAUGUCCUCGUUUUUACAACAAGUGGCGCCGGAGACGGCCCAAGAGCUCAUCGAUGGCAUCCGCGAAAGUAGUAGAGUCGACCCCUCGUCGAUGCGAGGCGAGUCUUCGACGAGCAGCACACCUGUAAGUAAGGGACCGACCUUCGCGGACCUGAACGACCCUGCGGCCUGGGACGAGCGGUGCGGCGCGAAGGCGUCCGCCGCGUUAUGUGCCGUGGCAUUGCUCGACGAGCACGGCCGCGCGGCCUUUGCCGACGAAAAGGCGAUCGCGGAAAGUGUAGCCAAGUCCGAGCAGCCGUCGCCCUUCGCCUUCGGCUGGGUCGACGGCGCCUGCCACGCCGACUUCGCGGCUUCGUUCGACGUCGACGAUUCCAAGCUGCCGACCGUCAUCGCCUACGCCCCGAAGAAGGAGCGCUACGCGGCGUUGGUGGGGCGGUACUCGGCGGCGGACGUCCGGGCGUUCCUGCGGGGCGUCCUGCGGGGCAGCAUCGGCACGGCACCGCUCCGGGCGCCGCUUUCAUUGACCGAGGCCGACUGCGCCGCGGUGCACGCGUCGAGACAGGCGCCCGUCGAGGAGGAGGACGCUCUUGAUGAUGAUUUUAUGGCCGAAUUAUUAGCGGAGGAGGCCGCGGCGAAAAAGGCUUUGGAGGAGGAGGCCGCGGCCGAGUCGAAGCGGCUCAAGGAGGAGCUCGAGGCGUCCAAGAAGAAGCCCGACGCGCCCAAGAAGAAAAAGAAGAAAAAGAAGAAGAAGAAGUCCUCGGAGCUGUGAGGGCACUAAGUACAUUUAAUCUU